GUUGUAAUGUAAGAAAAUAAACAAGAACACCAAAACCUAAGAAAGAACAUUUUAGCAAAAUCAAACAAACCUCCAUAGAUAUGAAGCAGCAACUACAAAACCUAUCGUCUUCAUCAUCAUCGUCAUCAUCAUCAUCAUCUUCUUCAUUGGAAGCAGCUGGUCUUUCAUUAAUGGCGCCGACAACAAUCGAUCCUCCAUCAGCCAUGUCUUCUACAGAGGAUUUAUCAGCACCAUCAACAGCAAGUGGUGGUCAAGAGUCCAUUAUUGUCGAAAGACGAGGAGAUUUUUCUGUUAUUUGUAAAUGGACGGUUGCAAAUUUGUCGAAAAUUAAAGCUAGAGCGUUAUGGAGCAAGUAUUUUGAAGUGGGUGGUUUUGAUUGUCGUUUGUUGAUUUAUCCUAAAGGGGAUUCUCAAGCUUUACCUGGGUAUAUUUCAAUUUAUCUUCAAAUUGUUGACCCAACAAAAUCUCCGUCAAAUUCAUCUAGAUGGGAGUGUUUUACAAGUUACAGGUUAUCUCUUGUUAAUGUUGUUGAUGAUUCAAAAUCUAUUCAUAGAGAUUCUUGGCAUAGGUUUAGUAGUAAGAAGAAAUCUCAUGGUUGGUGUGAUUUCACUCCUUGUAAUUCUAUCUUGGAUUCUAAAACUGGGUUUCUUUUUUGUGGUGAUUCUAUUUUGAUUUUGGCUGAUAUUUUGAUACUAAAUGAAACUGUUAAUUUUACUAGAGAUAGUAAUAACAAUGGUAAUAAUGGUAGUAAUAGUGAGCUGCAAUGCGGUGGAGUUGGAGGUGGAGGAGGGGUUGUUAGCGGGGCAGGGAAUGUAGGGUCUUUGUCGUCGUCUGAUGUUUUAAGUGGGAAGUUUACAUGGAAGGUGCAUAAUUUUAGUUUGUUUAAGGAAAUGAUUAAAACACAGAAGAUAAUGAGUCCAGUUUUCCCUGCAGGGGAGUGUAAUUUGAGGAUUAGUGUGUAUCAGAGCUCAGUGAAUGGAGUGGAGUAUUUGUCAAUGUGUUUAGAGAGUAAGGAUACAGAGAAGAAUAGUGGAGGGAAUAUGACAAUGUCGGAGAGGAGUUGUUGGUGUUUGUUUAGGAUGUCAGUAUUGAAUCAGAAACCAGGAUUGAAUCAUUUGCAGAGGGAUUCAUAUGGGAGGUUUGCGGCUGAUAAUAAGAGUGGGGAUAAUACAAGUUUGGGUUGGAAUGAUUAUAUGAAAAUGUCGGAUUUUGUUGGUUUGGAUGCUGGGUUUUUGGUGGAUGAUACAGCUGUUUUUAGUACUUCUUUUCAUGUUAUAAAGGAGUUUAGUAGUUUUUCUAAGAGUGGAAUUGCUCUUGGAGCGAGGGCUGGGAGUGGUGGCUCGAGGAAGUCAGAUGCUCAUAGUGGGAAGUUUACUUGGAGGAUUGAUAAUUUUACCAGGUUGAAGGAUCUUUUGAAGAAAAGGAAGAUUACCGGACUAUGCAUUAAGAGCAGGAGGUUUCAAAUUGGUAAUCGUGAUUGUCGCCUUAUUGUUUAUCCUCGAGGGCAGUCUCAACCUCCAUGUCACCUCUCUGUAUUUCUCGAGGUUACGGAUUCACGAAAUACCUCCAGUGAUUGGAGUUGUUUUGUUAGUCAUAGACUAUCGGUUGUCAACCAGAAGAUGGAGGAGAAAUCUGUGACGAAGGAGUCUCAGAAUCGCUACUCCAAAGCUGCUAAGGAUUGGGGAUGGCGUGAGUUUGUUACACUUACAAGCUUGUUUGAUCAAGACUCCGGGUUCCUUGUGCAGGACAGUGUUAUAUUCUCUGCUGAGGUUCUAAUUUUGAAGGAAACAUCCAUCAUGGAGGACUUCUCUGAUAAUAGUUUUGAGAUUGAUUGCUCAAGGAAGAAAAGUUCAUUUACCUGGAAAGUCGAAAACUUCUUGUCCUUCAAAGAGAUAAUGGAAACUCGGAAAAUAUUUAGCAAAUUUUUUCAGGCUGGUGGAUGUGAGCUACGCAUUGGUGUUUAUGAGUCCUUUGACACCAUUUGCAUAUAUCUUGAGAGCGAUCAAUCCGUUGGAAGUGAUCCCGAUAAGAAUUUUUGGGUUAGAUACAGGAUGGCGGUUGUGAACCAGAAGAAUCCUGCCAAGACUGUUUGGAAGGAGUCCUCAAUUUGCACCAAAACUUGGAACAAUUCUGUCCUCCAGUUUAUGAAGGUUUCUGAAAUGUUAGAACCAGAUGCUGGGUUUCUUUUGCGCGAUACUGUGGCUUUUGUAUGUGAAAUCUUGGACUGCUGUCCUUGGUUCGAGUUCUCUGACUUGGAGGUUCUUGCUUCUGAGGAUGAUCAGGACGCUCUGACAACAGACCCUGAUGAUCUGAUUGACUCUGAAGACAGUGAAGUAAUCAGUGGUGAUGAAGAAGAUAUAUUUAGAAACCUUUUAUCUAGAGCGGGGUUUCAUCUUACAUAUGGGGACAAUCCUUCACAGCCGCAAGUCACUUUAAGAGAGAAGCUUUUGAUGGAUGCUGGUGCUAUUGCUGGUUUCUUAACUGGGCUUCGCGUUUAUCUUGAUGAUCCUGAAAAAGUGAAGCGCUUACUCCUUCCUACAAAGCUUUCUGGUUCCAAUGAUGGAAAGAAGGCCUCCAAGAAUGAGGAAGCUUCCCCUAGUUUAAUGAAUUUGUUAAUGGGCGUAAAAGUAUUGCAGCAGGCAAUUAUUGAUUUACUCUUGGAUAUAAUGGUUGAAUGUUGCCGGCCUUUAGAAGAAAGUCCUGGUGAUGAUGUGUGCAAUGCAGACUCAAAGGAUUCUCCAGACAGUGGUGAAGUUACUUCCUCUAUACAGCAGGGAAGGGAGAACAGAGCAGCCGAGCAAAUGGAACACCCUUUGUUUGAGAGAUUGGAUUCAUCAGUCAGUGGAUGUGCCAGUGCUGCAGCUGUUCAAAGCACAAGGACAAACGCAGGUAUGGGGGCUACGAACACUGAUGUGGUUGAAAAGGUUGUUCCCGGACAGCCUACGCACCCUCCUGAAACUUCUGCUAGAGGACCACCUGAAACUGCUUUCCGCUCGAAGUCCAAGUGGCCCGAGCAAUCAGAGGAGCUGUUAGGACUAAUUGUAAAUUCUCUGAGAGCUCUGGAUGGAGCUGUGCCUCAAGGCUGUCCCGAGCCAAGGCGAAGACCUCAAUCUGCCCAAAAGAUUGCUCUUGUUUUGGAUAAAGCACCAAAGCAUUUGCAACCAGAACUUGUUGCUUUAGUUCCAAAAUUGGUUGAGCAUUCCGAGCAUCCUCUUGCGGCGUCUGCGCUUCUUGAAAGGCUUCAGAAGCCCGAUGCGGAACCUGCAUUGAGGCUAACUGUGUUUGGUGCUUUAAGUCAAUUGGAGUGCGGUAGCGAGGUCUGGGAACAUAUUUUAUUUCAGUCUGUUGCACUUCUUGAAGAUUCAAAUGACGAACCUCUGGCAGCAACAAUAAAUUUUAUAUUGAAGGCUGCAACGCAUUGCCAUCGUCUUCCAGAAGCUGUUAGGUCUCUCCGUGUAAGGCUAAAACAGUUGGGACCAGAUGUUUCUCCUUGUGUUCUUGACUUUCUAACUAGGACUGUACAUAGUUGGGCAGAUGUUUCGGAAGCUAUACUUAGAGAUAUUGAUUCUGAUGAUGAUUGUGGUGCAAAUUAUUCAUCGUUGCCUAAUGGGGUAUUCUUUUUUGGUGAAAAUGGCCCCCCUUCUGAAAUCUUAAAUGUGAUGAAUGAGCGUUCGUUCUGUGGUAGUCACCAUUUUUCUGAUAUCUACCUACUGAUUGAAAUGUUAUCCAUACCUUGCCUUGCGGUUGAUGCGUCAAAGAUCUUUGAGAGAGCUGUAGCUCGUGGGGCCAUAAUGGCUCCAUCUGUAGCAAUGGUUUUAGAGAGACGACAUUCUCAGAGAGCUGGCUAUAAUGCUAGAUACAUUGCAGAACAGACUACGGAUAUCACAGUAGAGAGACAGAUCAAUGAUCUACUUAGAGCCACCCAAGAUGACUUUGAGACACUCCUUGGCCUUGCAGAGAUGUUGGCGCUUUCCAGCGAUCCACGUGUAAAAGGCUUUGUCAAGUUGCUUUAUACUAUUUUGUUCAAAUGGUAUGUUGAUGAUUCAUAUCGUGGGCGGAUCCUGAAGAGAUUGGUUGAUCAUGUAACCUGUGGUACAGAUGCCACUCAAGAUUUUGAUUUAUAUAUGGAAGUUCUGAUACUUCUUGUUUGUGAGGAGCAAGAAAUCAUUAGACCGGUAUUGAGUAUGAUGCGGGAGGUUGCUGAACUUGCAAACGUAGAUCGUGCAGCACUUUGGCAUCAACUGUGUUCUAGUGAAGAUGAAAUUGUCAGACUUCGUGAAGAAUGGAAAGCUGAUAAGUCUAAUUUGGUUGAAGAGAAGGCUCUUAUAUCACAGAAGCUGAAUGAUUACGAGUCUGCAAAUAGUCGUCUUAAGUCUGAAAUGAAGGCUGAGGUGGACCGUUUUGCUCGUGAAAAGAAGGAACUUUCAGAACAAUUACAGGAUACUGAAAGUCAACUCGAUUGGCUUCGAGCUGAGCGAGAUGAGGAAAUCACAAAGCUAACAAGCGAGAAAAGGGCACUGCAGGAUCGUCUUUAUGAUGCUGAGGUCCAACUAGCUCAAUUAAAGUCCAGGAAACGCGAUGAGAUGAAGAAAAUAAUGAAGGAGAAAAAUACUCUUGCGGAACGUUUGAAAAACGCUGAAGCUGCAAGGAAAAAAUUUGAUGAAGAGUUGAAAAGAUAUGCUACGGAAAGUGUUACCAAAAAGGAGAUUAGGCAGUCCCUUGAAGAUGAAGUGCGAAGGCUAACACAAACAGUUGGGCAAACUGAAGGGGAGAAGCGAGAGAAGGAAGAGCAAGUUGCUCGUUGUGAAGCUUAUAUUAAUGAAAUGGAGUUGAAAUUGCGGGAUUGCGAGCAUUACAUCCAUACCGUCGAGGCUUCUCUUCAGGAAGAAAUGUCACGACAUGCUCCUCUAUAUGGCGUUGGCUUGGAAGCUCUUUCAAUGAAGGAGCUCGAGACAUUGGCUGGCAUCCAUGAAGCCGGUUUAAGGCAAAUCCGCACCCUCCAACAACAGUGCAAGGCUUCUUCAGCAGGUAGUCCUCGAAUUAGCCCACAUGCCCUUCCACAUACGCAUGCGUUAUUCUCAAAUGCAAUGCAACAUGCCGCACCACCUCUACCAUCAACGUCUGUUAAUUUGCCGCUUGACCUUGUCACAAGCGGUGCCGGGGUUCAUAGCAACGGUCAUCAUAUGAACGGUGCAAUGGGUCCCUGGAUUUUCAAGCAUACUUGAAAUAGCCAAGAAAUCGUCGGUCCAAAUUUUCUCGAUGGCCCUCUUCCUCGACUUUUGCAAAGGUGAAUGUAGGUAAAAACGAGGUUUGUUCAUUUUUUUUCGGGGUUGAUACUCAUUAUGCCUCAUCCUUGGCAUUUGAUCUCUAGCACUUCGGUCGGGUACGGGGGAUAUAUUACAUACGUAUAACGCACGAAGAUGGAAGAAAUGUGGGUGUGAUUUUAUUUGUAAUUGCGAGUGAGAUUGGGGAAUGAGUCUCAAUGGAACUAGCAUUUGCAAAUGCCUACAAUAUUUUGGUCCAUCCUUUUUACAUCACAAGGUUAAUUCAAAAAGCUUCAAAAGUUUUGGUAUC